AUGGCUAGUGAAUCUGAAGAAGAAAGUUUAUUAUCUAGCUCAGAAAGCGAGUUUUUAUCUUCAUCUGAAACUGAAAGUGAUUCAGAUGAAGAACAAUUAAGCAAAGUGCGGGAUUGGUGCAAGAUAGACACUUCUAAAACUCAACCUGUUCCUCCUAAAUUUCCAUUCAGCGCUUGCCCAGGUUUAAAAAUGACCAUAAAGGAUGCGAAUGAUCCUUUACAAUUCCUCCUUCUCUUUAUCGAUGACGAAGUUGUAAACAUUGUAGUUGAAGAAACUAAUAGAUAUGCCUCCCAGUAUUUGGCCGCAACUAUAUUAAGUCCACGAGCAAGAACACGCGCAUGGACUGAAACAAAUCCAAGUGAAAUAAAAGUGUUUUUUGCAUUGCUGUUAUUGCAAGGAAUUAUGCAGAAGCCAGUGGAGAAAUGGUUUUGGACUCAAAGACCAAUAAUAAGCACUCCAUCUAUAGGCAAAAUAAUGACAGAGAGGCGAUACAGUCUCCUUAUGAAGUUCUUACAUUUUGAAAAUAACGAAACUUUCGACAAAAGUGUACAUCCUCAGCCUAAACUGAAAAAAAUUUAUACCUUUUCUGAAAGGCUGCGACAAAAAUUCAAAAACGCAUAUAUCCCUGACAGGGAUAUAGCUAUAGAUGAAUCUCUGCUGGGUUAUAAAGGCCGCCUAGGUUGGAAACAAUAUAUAGCGACUAAAAGAGCUAGAUUCGGAAUUAAAAUAUUCCAAUUAUGCGAAUCGUCAAGUGGAUAUAUUUGGAAUUUCGUACUUUAUACCGGUAAAGGUACUAAAUUUGAUCUGCGAUACGAACAAUUUGGAGUUGCAACGAAAAGCGCAAUGACGCUGAUACAUGAUUUACUAAACAAAGGCUAUAGCUUAACGCUAGACAACUUUUAUACUUCACUUGAACUUUCGGAAUUACUUAUCGCGGGAAAAACAGAUAUAUGUGGCACUUUGCGUGCAAAUAGGAAAGGUCUUCCUCAAGAACUGAAAUCAGAAAGAUUGAAGAAGGGCGAAAUUAUGGCCUUUCAGAAAGGCAAAAUAUGCGUUCUGAAAUGGCAAGACAAAAAACCCAUUUCAUUUUUAAGUACCUACCAUGGUACAGAUUUCGAAACUCUUUCGAAAAAUGAUAAACUCAUACGAAAACCUACUGCUAUAAUUGACUACAAUAAAAAAAUGGGAGGAGUGGAUAAAGCUGACCAGUGUCUAGCGUAUUAUCCAGUCAUAAGAAACCAACAACGAAAGUAUUAUAAAAAGAUUUUUCGGCAUCUCUUAGAUCAAGCCGUAUGGAAUGCUUUCGUCAUUUAUACGAAGUGUGGAAGCCUUUAA